UACCCAGCACCCAGUUUCAAGUGUAGAGCCCUACAAUUAUUUCCAGAACUAGACCAAGAAAAGAGAGAAGAAGAAAGGAAAAACCAUGGCGAUAACACCAAUUCCAAGUGACACAUUCAAGCUGGGAUUCGUGGGAGCUGGAAAAAUGGCGGAAAGCAUAGCUAGAGGUGUCGUCAACUCCGGUGUUUUACCUCCUUCCCGGAUUCUAACUGCCCACCUCAGCGCCCAACGCCGCGAGGCUUUUCAGUCUUUCGGCGUCUCCGUCGUCGAUCACAAUCACCAGGUUGUUGAAGAAUGUGACGUGGUUAUUUUCUCUGUAAAACCUCAAAUUGUCAAGGAUGUGGUGUUACGGUUGAAACCAAAGCUUUCAGAGAAACAGCUGCUUGUAUCAGUUGUUGCUGGAACAAAAUUGAAGGAUUUACAGGAAUGGGCCGGACAAAGCCGUUUUAUUAGGGUAAUGCCUAAUACUCCUGCUGCCGUUGGAAUGGCAGCAUCAGUGAUAAGUUUGGGAGGGACAGCAACUGAAGAGGAUGGUGAACUUAUAGAAAGAUUAUUUGGAGCAAUUGGCAAGGCUUGGAGAGCCAAUGAAAAAUUGUUUGAUGCAGUUACUGGUCUAAGUGGAAGUGGGCCAGCAUAUAUAUUCUUGGCCAUUGAAGCAUUGGCUGAUGGAGGAGUUGCUGCAGGUCUGCCACGAGAACUUGCCAAGGGUUUAGCUGCUCAAACUGUUCUCGGAGCAGCAUCCAUGGCUGUUAACAGUGGGAAACAUCCUGCUCAGCUGAAAGACGAUGUUGCAUCACCUGGAGGCACAACAAUUGCUGGCAUUCAUGAGUUGGAGAAAGGUGGAUUUCGUGGAACCUUGAUUAAUGCGGUUGUGGCAGCUGCAAAACGGGGUCACGAACUUUCCCAGAACUAACUCUAUCAAUGAAACACCUUGCUGUUUUUUUAGAGCAACAGCCAUUGUAUCUGGGGACUCCAAAAUGCUGCAGAAAAUUGCAUAUAGUCGAUUUUCUUUUGUACCAAUCAAGCAACUAAAUUUAUGCAAUACUAGCAUGCUCGGAUCUCCUUUUAUACAAUAACUAGCUUUUGGGCCCUGGCGAUGCCCCCAGUUACUACAUUAAUAACAUUUACAUUUACUUUUU